AUGUCAACUUCCAGUGAUGACUGGGUGCGAUAUUACCAACAAAUUAUCGCGGUUUCUGGGCACGGACGGGCUGCUAGCAAUGAACAGCCAAACACUGUUAUGGGCACUGCUACAACCAUCAACUCUAGUGGUGGUAAGACUCCGGGAGGUCUUGUUACUGAACCCAUCCUCAAGUGCCAGGAAAAUCAUUUAUUCAAACCCAUCCGGAAAAGGUCCAGGGUUUCCAGGCAAACACCAAUCACCUUAUUCAGUACCACAACAACCAACUUCAAAGCUAUGGUUCAACAGUUCACUGGAUAUCCCUACCUUAAGAGAGCACACAUCAAUUUGGGUCUCGAGAAUAGUCAGCCAAUAGCUAACCCUAACACAGUAAUGGUUGGGAGGGCUGGCUACAAUCUUGCAGAGAUCGAACAGCAACGGCAGUUCAAACACCAGCAAUACAUGCUUCCUGGGAACAUCAGCGGUAGUGUUGAUCAUGAGCAUGCCUUUCUUCAAGAGCUUCAUAGCUCUAUAGGGCCUGUUAUGGCGGCAUCAGGUGUUGGGCUCGGUAUGGAUGAUGCUUUCCCACCAGAGCCGCCAUUCUUCACAAGGACAUGA